CGGAGUGAUCGGACAGCUCAGAGCCGAUCCGGGGAAGUGGACGGAGCCGACCGCUGAGAUGGCUCAGGCGAAUAUCUCGGUGACGGAGAGCCAGUUCAGGUGUCCCAUCUGCCUGGACAUCUUGAAGGACCCGGUGUCUAUCCCCUGCGGACACACCUACUGCAUGGCAUGCAUCAACAGCUACUGGGACCGGGUGGACUCGGGUCAGUUCAGCUGCCCUCAGUGCCGGGACACGUUCAGCCCUCGGCCGGUGCUGCGGAGGAACACGGUGCUCGCCGAGGUUCUCGGCAAACUCAAGCUGAAUGAGAUUGACACAGCGCCGGAGGUCUACCUGGGGGGAGUCGGGGAAGUUCCCUGCGACUUCUGCACGGCGGAGAGUAAAAUGAGGGCGGACAAGUCGUGCCUGGUGUGCCUGGCGUCUUUCUGCAAGCUUCACGUCCUGCCGCACCGUGAGGUCGGUACUUUGCGACGCCACAAGUUGGUGCCAGCGGUGGAAUGUGUGGCGGAGAAGCUGUGCGCUCAGCACCGCCUGGGGCUGGAGCCCGAGGGGAGCGGCUCCGAGGCAGGGGCUUCGGUGGAGUGGAGCGGGUACUGCCUGCUGUGCCAGGCCGACCAGGAGGAAGCGCGCAGUGUGGAAGCGCAGAGAGCCAGGAGACAGCUCCAGCUCCAGGAGUCUCAGAGGAUGGUCCAGGGGAGGAUACGGACCGGAGAGAGAGAGCUGCAGGAGUUUCAGCAGAACUUGGAGUCUCUCAAGGUGUCGGCGUCUGCUGUUCUGGAGGAUAGUGAGGCUCUGUUUGCUGAUAUGGCACUAUGCCUGGAGAAAACCAAGGCGGAGGCCCGAGCGAGGCUGGAAGCGAAAGAGCGCGCAAUCGUGGCGAGAGCUGAAAGUGACAUAGAGCUGAUGGAGAAGGACCUGGAGGAGCUGAGGAGGCGAGACGAGGAGAUCAGCCAGCUGCUGCAGUCUAAGGAUAAUGCUCAUUUCUUACAGGCCACCCAGCUGCUCUGCAUGCCUUUCGCCACUGGUCGGCACUCCGGCACCCUCAGCCUGCCCACGGAGGCCUUCAGUGGUGCCAGGAGAGCACUGUGCCACCUCCGUAGCCACAUAGAGGAGGUCUGCAGGGAGGAGGUCGACAAGAUCACCCCCGCAGUUAAUGAUAACUACAAAUCUGGUGGAGAGCAUGUAAAAAGUGGCCGAAUUCACAGUGCGGUGAACUCCAAACCUCAGCAAAUGCAACUGUCUACAGGGCAACAUGCGACCAGGGGCACUUUUCUGUUUUUUGUUUUUUUUUGUCUCGUUGAAGCAGUGCCAGUGUCGUUCCCGCUGUCCUCUCUGUCUCUGCAGGCGCCUGAUCAGAGGAUGAGGGCAGCUUUCCUCAGGUUUUCGUGCCAUCUGACCUUUGACCCCGAGACAGCUCAUCCUACCUUGGUUCUCCUGGAGGGGCCCCAGGGUGCUCAUUGUGGCGAGGAGCCACAGCCCUACCAGCCUCAUCCACAGCGCUUUGACUCAGUGGCGCAAGUCCUGUGCAGGGAGGGCCAGUUUGGUGGUGCCAGCUACUGGGAGGUGGAGUGGAGAGGAGGUGGGUGGAUUGACAUAGGCGUCACCUACCGUGGGAUCGGGCGCAAAGGUGGCGGGAAGCCCUGCCUGCUUGGGCGCAACGAGCACUCUUGGCGGCUGAGGUGUAGUCAUGCUGGAUAUGCUGCAUGGCACGAUAACCGCAAGACCACGGUCGCUGCACCGCCCUCCCCCAGGAUCGGCGUGUUUCUGGAGCGCCAGAAAGGAGCUUUGUCCUUUUACAGCAUCUUGGACUCCAUGGUGCUCCUGCACACUUUCCAUUGUUCGUUCUCUCAGCCGCUAUACCCCGCCUUCCGUUUGGAUCUGGACUCAACUCUUCUCAUCUGCCCUCAUGAGGGAAGCUAACUAUGCCCCCAUGUUUUUCCAGGACGUGUCAUUUAUCUUCUGGAGGAAAGGGCUGUUCGCUCUGCCAAUCGAUAUAAUGAGUGAGUGGUGGGGAAACUGCACUUUUCUUUGUAAUUCUCUUUGACUGUAAUAUUCUCUUUGAUA